AUGCUUGAUUCAUUUCAUUGCUUCAGAAACCUCCCGGUAGAGCUACAAAUAGAGAUUUGGAGCUCCGCCGCUCGUCCUGCAAAGGCAGGUGUACAAAUCUUCAGCUUGAGCAGCGGUCAUAGAAGUCAACCGCAUGAAGACGGCGCUCCGGAAGUUCCUUGGGCCGAUUCCUACUACCUCACCGCUCCCAAGUGGGCUUUUGGCCCCCAGUCCAGUCGAUUCAAUGGCUUUGACGAAAUCACCGCCUCAUGGACUAAAAACAACUUUUCGACGUACCUGAUCGACUCGGGUCUCUGGAGUGCCUGUAGGCAGUCACAUCGUGUCAUGAGAGAUAUACUCGGCCCCACCAAGCCCAUAGUCAUCCGGACGAAGGUGAGAUGUGGCCGUUCGAAUGUCGAGGUCGACGCACCAGAGAGCGACUCUUCCCAGUAGCGCAGUAUUAUCGUGUCUCCAAGCCAGGACCUCUUUAUUCUCCAACCAGAUGAUCCUGACAUGUUCAGUCGGUUUUUGUUUGAAGAUGUCAUUCCGAACAACACAGCCCAGGGCUUGCUACAGAUACCGCACGUAGGCUGGCAAUACCCCCCAUCAUGGGCUUCGAGCCUUCACGAAUCCUCCCGGAUCAGAAGCCUUGUCUCCUUAUGCUGUUACAUUGUAUAUGGUGCAAGAUUUGGGGGUCUGGAAACGCUAUGGCUCAUCAACUACCGCAUUAAGCGAAAGCAUCGGGUAUCAUUGAAAGAAGAAUUUGACGGGCCGAAGCCCAAAGUCUUCGAAACAGACGAGUUUCGGCUCGUAGAGGUGGAAAUCGACGAUAACAUCCGUUCACCAGAACAACUGCCGUGGG